UUUGUCGUUGACAUUGGCCUCCAAUUUUGACCUUGUGUUCCCCCCGGACUACGCAUGCGGGUGUGAGGAGUUCCUAAGCUAUUCUUCGAAAAAGAACAUCCUUUCCCUCUCUCUGCGUCUGCCUCGUUUUGUAACUCACAGUCGCGACAACUCGAUAACCAUGGACAUCGAGCACGUCGGGGACGAAAAGUCCAACAACAACAACAGGGACUCUGUGGCCCACAGAGACAAAGUUGGUCUCUUGGAUGCCUCGGACCCCAUUCAACCCUCUUCGCCUAGCACAUUCUCAGAGGAGAAACCUACAGUCAUCACGGCCGAAACCGUCAACAACGGUGGUGAAGAAGGAGCCCACAACGCCGUCGACAAGCCUUAUGAUCCGAACCUGGCACCUCGAUAUUCCCAGAAAGAAGAAGAUGUGGUGAUUCGUAAGCUCGACUGGCACUUGAUGCCUUUGAUUUUUGUCUUGUACAGUCUUUCUGUGCUCGACCGGUCGAAUUUGGGCAAUGCCCGUAUUUCCGGCAUGGAAGACGAUAUCGAUCUCACCGGUAAUCGUUAUGACUGGUUAGGAACGGCCUUUUAUAUUUCUUACAUCCUCUCCCAGUGGACGCAGAUGGGUUGGAAGGCCUUCCCGCCUCACCGCUGGGUCGCCUUCGCGGUCUUUGGGUGGGGCGUCGUCUCGACCCUCCAGGCGGCGUGUUCCUCCUGGGCCGGCGUCAUGGUCUGCCGGGUGAUCCUGGCCAUCUUCGAGGCGUCCUUCGGCCCCGGCGUGCCGGGUUACCUGUCCUACUUUUACCCCCGCGAGAAGUUGGGCCUGAGGACGGGCAUCUUCCUGUCCGGCUCGGCGGCGGCCAACGCCUACGGCUCGGCCCUGGCGUACGGCAUCGCCCAGGCCAAGGGCAGCAUCGGCCCCUGGAGGAUCUUGUUCAUCGUCGAGGGGGUGCCGACCUGCCUCCUCGCCUUCGUCGCCUGGUACUGGCUGCCCGACUCCCCCCACGACGUCAAGUUUCUGAGUGAGCGGGAAAAGGAGAUUUCCAUCGACCUGAGUCUGAGGCAACCCGGUGACCGCACGGGCAAAAAGGGUCUACAGUGGAAGCAGGUCCUGGGCGGAUUGUUGGAUUAUAGAUCGUACCUCCCGCCGCUCAUGUACUUUGGCUGCAACGUCUGCUUCGCGUCCCUCCCCCUCUUCGUCCCGACCAUCAUCUCGGAGAUGGGGGCCUUCAGCACCAUCCAGUCCAACGGCCUGUCCGCGCCCCCCUACGUGUUUUGCUUCCUCGCCAUCUGCGGCUGCGCCUGGUGGUCGGACCGGGUCGGCUACCGGGGCCCCUUUGUCGUCGUCCCCGCCCUCCUGGCGGCCGUGGGUUACAUCAUCCUGGGCACCACGACGGGCGUGGGCCCGCGGUACUUUGGCCUGUUCCUGGCGGUCCUGAUCUUCGUCAGCGUCGCCAUGGUCCUCACCUGGGUGGGCAACACCCACGCGACCGAGAGCAAGAGGUUCGUGGCCCUGGCCAUCCUGGCCACCGGAGGUCAAUGCGGUCCGGUGCUGGGCACCAACAUCUUCCCCAAAAGCGAAGGCCCUUAUUACCGCAAAGGCAUGUGGGUCAGUUGCGGCGCCUGCCUCUUGGUCGUCGUCACGGGUUGCAUGCAGAUGGCACUCUUGUGGAGGGAAAAUAAAAAGAGGGACGCCAAGUACGGCAGGGACAGGGAGACGGUCCAUCUGGAAGAACCGGACGAGUACGGCAACGACAAACAAUUCCGGUACAUGAUUUGAAAGUGACC